AUGGGAUAUACAUAUUUGGUCAAAGCAGAAUCCAAAUCCCAGUCUCAAAAAGAAGCCACCAUGCGCCCAAUACAAGCCUUCUCCCUGGCCAUCCUGGCCGCUCUGGUUGUCCUGUCUAUGCAGGCAAGCACUCCAGCCAGCAGCUCAAGCAGCACUUCCCCAACCAGCAGCUCCACUUCCCCAUCAAGCAGCUCAACUUCCCCAUCCAGCAGCUCUACUUCCCCGUCGAGUAGCUCUUCCAGCAGUUCUGAUACUACGGCUACCACGACCACGACAGCGGCUCCAACAACCACAACCACAACGGCUGCCACGACCACCACUGAGGCGACCAAAAAGCACCAUCGCCGUCGUCAUAGGCGCCGACGCGUUGUAAUUAUCCGCCGUGAGCGGGUAGGAGGCGAUGGUGUGCGUCGCAGGAGGAACCGGGAGCUUGGAGAUGGCCGUAUUGUGAGGCGCAUCCGAGUCCGUGAACGUCGCGGCGUUCGCUCGGCACGUCGCUUCUUAUGA